CGGCAUUGUAUUUCCCUUGGAGCAAACCUGGCGUCUGUGCAUAGCUCUGAGGAGGCGCAAUUUCUACAUGAGGUGGUGUUUUCAGAGACUGGCAAAUUCACUCCUACCUGGAUUGGAGGGUUUGAAGAUCCUAAAGAAAUACUGGGCAAGGUACCCAAUUAUCAUACUUGAGUCACAGCUAAGAUACCUUAAUAGAAAAUGACUCAAGUAAAAGUGAAAGUCACCCAGUAGAAUUCUACACAUGGUAGGAUUAAAAGUAACCAAAACAGUGGUUUUCCAAACCUGCAUCGAGUUUCUGGCCAGAGGGAGGGAGUUUUCUUGUUCCCCACGUCUCCGCGAAUCUGUGUUUGAAGAUGUCAUCGGGUAUAACUUUUUAGCUUCCUAUUUUUUUCUACAAAACGUAGACAUGCGCUGUUUUCACACAUGUUGACAUAUGUACCAUGUAGAAAUUCAGAAUUUGUAUUUAGUGAGUCCGCCAGCUCAGAAGCCGUAGGAAUGACGGCGCAUUCUCUUGAUACAGUCGCUAGUGAACGUCUACACACCCCUUGCACAGUCUUCACAUUUUGCUGCCUUAAAUUUAAAUCUAAAAAGAGAUUACAUUGGAUUUCUUUCCUACCCAUCUACAUGAUCAAAUUUAAAAAAUAUAUUAUACAACAUUUUCUAAAUCAAUAAUUUAUAUAUAUUUUUCAUUGAUUGCAUGUCUUCACACCCCAGAGUUAAUACUUAAUGGAAGCACAUAUUGUAGGAUAGAUCAGUAUUUACUAACACACGGGGUAUAGUGGGCUAGUAUUGUAAGAUAGAUCAGUAUUCACUAACACAGUGGGUUUUAGUGGAAUAGUAUUGUAGGAUAGACCAGUAUUUACUAACACACGGGGUAUAGUGGGCUAGUAUUGUAGGAAAGAUCAGUAUUUACUAACACACGGGGUAUAGUGGGCUAGUAUUGUAGAAUAGAUGGAUCAGUAUUUACUAACACACAGGGUAUAGUGGGCUAGUAUUGUAGGAUAGAUAGAUCAGUAUUCACUAACAUAGUGGAAUAGUAUUGUAUCUAGAACCUAAGAAAAAAGUUAUUUGGCUGUCUCCAGAGGAGAACCCUUUGAAUAACCUUUUUCCAAAAGGGUUCUACCUGGAACCAAAAAGGGUUCUCCUAUGGGGACAGCAAGGGAACACUUUUGGAAACCCAUUUUCUAAGAGUGUAGAUAGCUCAGUAUCCACUAACACAGUGGGAUUUCUUUCAUUCUGAGACCUCACUUCUUCCCCACAGGACAGGCUAUGGUUCUGGAGUGAUGGGUCCAAGUUUGAUUACCAGAACUGGAAUCAAGGAGAGCCCAAUAACAGUGGUGGCAGAGAGCCAUGUAUUGUGAUGAACUUUGGAGGUACAGUAAGCCCACUAUCAUUCACUAUCCAGUCAUCAAAUUAAACUUUAUUCACAGCCCACUUCAACAAAUAAGUCUGAUACACGCACUACAUCUGAGUUAAUUUCUGUUCCGUGUUUCCUCUGAAGGUGAACACGGCUGGAACGAUC